UUAUCUCAUCCACUACAACACUCAAAAUGGCACCUUCACUUUUCACUCUCUCACCACCUUCUUCUACUUUCCCCUCUUCUUCAGCUACUCUCAAACCCUUUUCUUCUUUCUCCACUAAACCCACACUUUCCAUCCACUUUGUAAAGAGACCCAUCUCUGUUUCAGCAACUGCUGACCCUCCACCGCAGCUCCAAACCUUCUGGCAAUGGCUCCAGGACCAGGGUGUCGUCUCUGCCAAGUCUCCCGUAAGGCCUGGAAUGGUCCCUGAAGGACUAGGACUCAUUGCAAAAAAGAACAUUUCCAGGAACGAGGUUGUCUUGGAGAUUCCUAACCGGUUUUGGAUAAACCAGGAAGCAGUUGCAGCUUCUGAGAUUGGAACUGUGUGUAGUGGAUUGAAGCCUUGGGUGUCUGUAGCUUUGUUUUUGAUCAGGGAGAGGUUUAGGCAAGAUUCUAAAUGGCGGGUUUAUCUUGAUAUACUUCCAGAGUUAACAGAUUCCACUGUGUUUUGGUCAGAAGAAGAGCUAGCUGAGCUUCGAGGUACUCAAUUGUUGAGCACAACACUGGGGGUGAAAGAAUAUGUGCAGAAUGAGUUCUUGAAAGUAGAGGAAGAAAUCAUACUCCCCAACAAGCAGCUCUUUCCAGCCCCUAUAACAUCGGAUGAUUUCUUCUGGGCAUUUGGGAUUCUCAGGUCAAGAGCAUUUUCUCGCCUUCGCGGUCAAAAUCUUGUUUUAAUACCUAUUGCAGACUUGAUCAACCACAGCCCUAACAUAACUACAGAAGAUUAUGCAUGGGAGAUUAAAGGAGCUGGACUUUUCUCUAGGGAUCUCCUCUUUUCCUUGCGGUCUCCAGUUUCUGUCAAGGCUGGGGAGCAGGUUUUGAUUCAAUAUGAUCUAGACAAGAGUAAUGCUGAGUUAGCACUUGAUUAUGGAUUCAUAGAAUCAAAGUCCGAGCGCAAUGCUUACACCUUAACAUUGGAGAUAUCGGAAUCAGAUCCCUUUUUUGGAGACAAGCUCGACAUUGCUGAGACAAAUGGUUUGGGUGAGACUGCCUAUUUUGACAUAGUUUUGGGUCGUCCUCUUCCACCAGUACUCAUUCCAUAUCUACGACUGGUGGCACUUGGGGGAACAGAUGCUUUCCUCUUGGAAUCUAUUUUUAGAAACACAAUUUGGGGCCACCUUGAUUUACCAGUAAGUCGUGCCAAUGAAGAGCUCAUAUGUCAGGUUGUCCGUGAUGCCUGCAAAUCUGCUCUCUCUGGCUAUCAUACCACCAUUGAAGAGGACGAAAAGCUGAUGGAAGACGAAAAUCUUGAUUCGAGGCUGAAAAUUGCUGUAGGAAUCAGGGCAGGAGAAAAGAAGGUGCUCCAGCAAAUUGAUGAGAUAUUUAAAGGACGGGAAUCAGAAUUGGAUGAGUUGGAAUAUUACCAGGAAAGAAGGCUUAAAGAUCUUGGUCUAGUUGGAGAGCAAGGUGAAAUCAUCUUCUGGGAGACCAACUAGGCUAUGUCAAAGACUUGCAAUAUAUAUAUCAAGGUCCAUGUGUUAAAGAUCGAAGGAAAUUCCCAUCACGACUGUCCAAAUUUAAUUUGCACAACAUUUUAACAAUGCCCUUCAAUCAUGUUGUAGUUUUGCUGUAGGGAAUUUUGCUUGGUAGAUGAUUUCUGUUGCCUAGUCGCUACUCUUUUUAUCCAUCCUCAACCCGAGCUAUAUUUCUUAACAAUUUAACAAUGAACUGCAGCUAGAUAAAAUCAUAAAUGAUUUCCUGGUUAUGCA